AUGGAUGAAUCUACAGUGGCUUGGAGAGAGAGGGGUCCUAUUGCAAUAAACCUAUCUGCUGAAUUUGAACAAUCUGGUUAUGAGGAUAUGUAUGAGGAGGAUGAGGAGGACGAGGGUGAUGAAGGUACUGUUCAUGAGCCUAUACAUGUGGAGGAAGCUGGUGAUGAAGGCAUUAUUCCUCAGGGUACAAAUGUGGCUGAGGAUAGCCAUGAAGGAACUUUUCCUGAGGGUAUAACUGUAGAUGAGGAAGAUGAUGAAGACAGUGAAGACAGUGAAGACCCUGAAUUUUAUGAUAGUGCUUAUGACCAAAGUGAAGAUGAACAAUGCUUGCUGGAGAAGGAUGAUAGAGCAUUUGACAACUAUGUUGACCACAAUGCUCCAUAUUUUGAUCCAGCUGCAGAUGAAGGAGAGAAAUCAGAAGAUAUGGCUGUAAGUGAUGUUAAUAGCUUGGAUAGUAGCUCACGUGAUGAGGGUGCAUUGCCUAUGAGAAAAAGGAAGAGGAAACUGCCCAAGUUUGAAGAUUUUAGGCCUGAAACAAAUUUGAAUAACCCAAUUUUUAAGCUUGGUCUAAGAUUUCCAAGUGUUUAUGUUUUUAGGAAAGCAGUGAGAAACUACUCAAUGUUCAACAGAAGGAAGAUUAAGUUCUCCAAGAAUGAUAAAGAUAAAGUUAGAGCAGUUUGUGAUGGGAUCAAGAAUGGAAAAUGUCCAUUGUUUGUUUAUGCUUCAGCUGUAAAUGGAAGUAGCAUGGUUCAAAUUAAGAGUUAUGAAGAGGAGCACACCUGUGGGAUUGUUGAACGCAAUGUGCAUGCUAACUCAUCAUGGAUCACAGAUCCAAGGCAAAAGGCAACUGCUAUAAGUGAGGGGACUUACACAAAACAGUUUGAGACUCUUUGGGAUUAUGUUGAGGAGCUAAAAAGACAAAUGUGGGAACUACUGACAGUUGUUGGUUUGGAUGCUUGUCACAUCAAAGGGCAACACCCUGGCCAAUUACUAUAUGCUGUUGGUGUUGAUCCUAACAACGGCAUGUAUCCAAUAGCUUAUGCAGUGGCAGAGGCUGAGAAUUAUGCAACUUGA